UUCCUAGCUCAGGAGCUGCAAGCAACUUUUCCUUGCUCUCAUUCAGGCUGGAGAGAAGUCCUCCCGUACAGCUUCUGGAAAGUCUAGCUUCUGGGAGCCCUGGGCCAAGGGUACUGUGCGCACCCCCAAAAGCACUUUAGAUUCCCCAGCGCAGACCUGAGAUGGGACCGGGACAGGCAGGGGGCGCGCUUCUGCUGCAGCUGCUACUGCUCACUCAAGGUCUUUUGAGUUGUCUGGCAUAUAAUGUUGGCCUCCCAGGAGCGAAAAUAUUUUCUGGGUCUUCAAGUGAACAGUUUGGCUAUUCGGUGCAGCAGCUUACGACCCCACAAGGCAACUGGCUACUGGUUGGUUCGCCAUGGAGUGGCUUCCCUGACAACCGAAUGGGAGACGUGUACAAGUGCCCUGUGGACGUACCCACUGCCACCUGCGAAAGGCUGAAUCUUCAAAAUUCAGCAAGCAUCUCAAAUGUUACCGAGAUAAAGACCAACAUGAGCCUGGGUUUGACCCUCACCAGGAAUCCGGGGACCGGCGGCUUUCUAACCUGCGGUCCUCUGUGGGCACAUCAGUGUGGAAAUCACUAUUACGCAACUGGAAUUUGUUCUGAUGUCAGUCCAGACUUUCAGUCGUUGAUGAGCUUCUCACCUGCAGUUCAAGCUUGCCCUUCCCUCGUAGAUGUCGUAGUUGUCUGUGAUGAAUCAAACAGUAUUUAUCCCUGGGAAGCAGUAAAGAAUUUUUUGGAAAAGUUUGUGCAAGGCCUGGAUAUAGGACCUAAAAAGACACAGGUGGCGUUAAUUCAAUAUGCCAACGACCCAAGAGUUGUCUUUAACUUGACCACUUACAAAAACAAAGAAGAUAUGGUUCAGGCCACAUCCGAGACGCGCCAGUAUGGUGGGGACCUCACAAACACCUUCAAGGCUAUCCAAUUCGCAAGAGACAUUGCUUAUUUACCGGAGUCUGGCGGGCGCCCAGGUGCUACAAAAGUCAUGGUAGUUGUGACUGAUGGGGAAUCCCAUGAUGGGUCGAAGCUGCAAACUGUGAUCCAGCAAUGCAAUGAUGACGAGAUACUGAGGUUUGGCAUAGCGGUUCUUGGAUAUUUAAACAGAAAUGCUCUUGAUACUAAAAAUCUAAUCAAAGAAAUUAAAGCAAUCGCUAGCACUCCAACGGAGAGGUACUUUUUCAAUGUGGCCGAUGAAGCGGCUCUUCUGGAGAAAGCUGGCACUCUAGGGGAACACAUAUUUAGCAUUGAAGGCACUGUUCAAGGAGGAGACAACUUCCAGAUGGAAAUGGCACAAGUUGGAUUCAGUGCAGAUUACUCUCCUCAAAAUGAUAUUCUGAUGCUAGGUGCAGUGGGAGCUUUUGACUGGAGUGGAACUGUUGUCCAGGAGACAUCUUAUGAGCACUUGAUCUUUCCUAAACAAGCCUUUGACCAGGUUCUGCAGGAUAGAAAUCACAGUUCAUUUUUAGGUUACUCUGUGGCUGCAAUUUCUACUGAAAAUGGUGUCCACUUUGUUGCCGGUGCUCCUCGAGCAAAUUAUACUGGCCAGAUAGUGCUGUACAGUGUUAACAAGCAUGGCAAUGUGACCGUGAUCCAGUCUCACAGAGGGGACCAGAUUGGCUCCUAUUUUGCCAGUGUGCUGUGUUCGGUGGAUGUGGAUAAAGAUACCAUUACAGAUGUGCUCUUGGUAGGUGCUCCCAUGUACAUGAACGACCUCAAGAAAGAAGAGGGGAAAGUCUACCUGUUCACAAUCACAAAGGGCGUCUUGAAUCAGCACCAGUUUCUUGAAGGACCUGAAGGCACUGGAAACGCUCGGUUUGGUUCAGCAAUUGCAGCCCUUUCAGACAUCAACAUGGAUGGCUUUAAUGAUGUGAUUGUUGGUUCGCCUGUAGAGAAUGAGAACUCUGGAGCUGUGUACAUCUACAAUGGUCACCAGGGUACCAUUCGCACCAAGUAUUCCCAGAAAAUCCUUGGAUCUGAUGGCGCCUUUAAGAGCCAUCUCCAGUUCUUUGGAAGGUCCUUGGAUGGCUAUGGAGAUUUAAAUGGGGACUCCAUCACUGAUGUAUCCAUUGGUGCUUUGGGGCAAGUGGUUCAACUCUGGUCACAAAGCAUUGCAGAUGUGGCCAUAGAAGCCUCGUUCACUCCAGACAAAAUCAUAUUGCUCAACAAGGAAGCUAAGAUAACCCUCAAACUCUGCUUCAGAGCAAAGUUUAGACCUCCUGGGCAAAACCACCAAGUGGCCAUCCUGUUUAACAUGACACUUGAUGCUGACCAAUAUUCAUCCAGAGUAACCUCCAGGGGGAUGUUUAGAGAAAAUAGUGAGCGAUUCUUGCAGAAGACUAUGGUUGUAAGUGAAGUGGAGAACUGUUCUGAGUACCACAUUAGUAUACAGAAGCCCUCUGAUGUUGUCAACCCUUUGGAUCUGCGUGUGGACAUCAGUUUGGAAAAGCCAGGCACUAGCCCUGCCCUUGAAGCCUAUUCAGAAACUGUCAAAGUCUUCAGUAUCCCUUUCUAUAAGGAGUGUGGUAGUGAUGGAAUUUGCAUCUCUGACCUGAUCCUGGAUGUCCAACAGCUACCAGCCCUUAGAAAUCAGCCCUUUAUUGUCAGUAACCAAAACAAGAGGUUAACAUUUUCAGUCACACUGAAAAACAGAGGGGAAAGCGCGUACAACACUGCAGUCCUGGCUGAGUUUUCUGAGAACUUGUUUUUUGCCUCUUUCUCCAUGCCGGUCGAUGGAACAGAAGUAACAUGCCAGGUUGGUUCAUCACAGAAAUCUGUUACCUGUGACGUGGGAUACCCUGCCUUAAAGAGUGAACAGCAGGUGACUUUUACCAUUAACUUCGACUUCAAUCUUCAGAACCUCCAGAAUCAGGCGGCCAUCAAUUUCCAAGCCUUCAGUGAGAGCCAAGAAACAAACAAAGCAGACAAUUCGGUCAGCCUCAUAGUUCCUCUCCUGUAUGACGCUGAACUUCACUUAACCAGAUCCACCAACAUAAACUUUUACGAAAUCUCUUCGGAUGAGAAUGCUCCUUCUGUCAUAAACAGUGUUGAAGAUAUUGGUCCUGAAUUCAUCUUCUCUCUCAAGAUAACAGCGGGAAGUGCUCCGGUGAGCAUGGCAUCAGUAACCAUCCACAUUCCUCAGUACACCAAGGAAAAGAACCCACUCCUGUAUCUGACCGGGAUACAAACAGACCAGGCUGGCGACAUCAGCUGCAGAGCAGAAAUUAAUCCACUAAACUUACCACACAUGGCCUCACCCAUAUCUUUCAAGAGUGAAAACUUCCGGCAUAUGAAAAAAUUGGACUGCAAAACCACUUCCUGCAGUAACGUCUCCUGCUGGCUGAAAGACCUUCACAUGAAAGCGGAGUACUUUAUCAAUGUGACUACCAGGGUUUGGAACAGGACCUUUGCUGCAUCAACUUUCCAGACUGUGCAGCUGACAGCAGCAGCCGAGAUCGAUACGCAUAACCCUCAGAUCUUCGUGAUUGAGGAAAAUACUGUCACGAUUCCCCUCAUGAUAAUGAAACCCACCGAGAAAGCAGAAGUACCCACAGGAGUUAUCAUAGGAAGCAUAAUUGCUGGAAUCCUUUUGCUGUUGGCUAUGGUUGCAGGCUUGUGGAAGCUCGGCUUCUUCAAAAGACAAUAUAAAAAAAUGGGCCAAAAUCCAGAUGAGACGGAUGAGACCACAGAACUCAACAGCUAAACCAUCGGCAGGCACCACUGUGUGGGGGCUAUCGGCAUCCUGGAGAGAGUUCGCUGGUGUAAUGAAUGGAUUUCUUUUAAAUCCACUUUUAAAUAAUUUAAUAGGUAAACUAGCCCGAUCAUUUUAAAGUAUCUGCUGGUCAGUUGGAGAUGACAAAAUUGUGGGUGGUGGUUAGGGUUAGAAAGGCCAAAGGCAUCACAUAGGAAGGAAAAAGGUUAUCUUUAGACUGGCUACUCCAGUGUUUACCUUUCAUCAGGAAGACGGGAUGCUUCUAGGCAUGACAAACCUUCAAAAAGAUUGAAAUGUUUUUCAGAUUUGGGAGUGAGAAAGUGCAUGGGAAUGCUCUUUUUAAUUUGAUUAACAGUAACAGUGAAAGUGGAAAGUACCUGGUGUGUAUAUUAUACAUAAUAUAUGUUAUAUAUUAUCCAUAUAGCAUAUAUAUUAUACAUAUACAAUUGACAUAAAUC